GUACAUAAAUAUGGGAGUAGGGGAUGUGUGUACGAAUAAACACUUCCAAAGGGGGAGUUUGUUUUCUGUCCUACAGAAGCUGCUUGAACGAGAUGAAGCUGAGCGUCCUGCUGGUUUUUGGCACCCUGCUGGUCCUCGUUUACGGCAUGCCGCCGAUCAGCAGAGACUACAACACGCACUGCCGGUGCCUCCAGGUGGAGUCGAGGAUCAUCCCUCCGGACAGCCUGAGGAGCAUCAAGCUCGUCCCCGAAGGGCCCCACUGCCCGGAUAUUGAAGUCAUAGCCGGACUGGCGGACGGCAGGAAGGUCUGCCUGAACCCUCGGGCCGCCUGGGUGAAGAAGCUGGUGCACUUUGUCCUUGAGAGGCAGCUUCACCAGCAGGGACAAGCGCUUUCCAAAAAUCAAGGAUAAUCUACACGCUGCGAUUCUCCUCCGUCCUGCGGCGAGGAGCCGGGUCCGUUUCACACCAAUGACAUGGUUCAUGUUCUUGCCACUUUAACUCUGGAUCUAUAUUGUCUAAGUGUGUGAAAGAUACGUGUGUGAUUAAUGGAUGGAAGUGAAGCAUUUCACCGUGACUGAGCAGACAUUUUGGUUGUCUGACCCUUUGAAAGCAGAUACUGUAUGUAGCAUCAACUCUGUAACUGUGUAUAAUAUGUCACAUUGUUUGAAGCUGUAAUUUCUGUAAAAAAAAAAUAAAAGUAAAAUGAGACUUUCUCGCAGUAGGUUACA